UGUUCGUCCCGCAAGGACGCCCCCGGUAUUCCGCACGGCGCCACCACCCAGCGUCCUACCUGCAUCUCCACUUCGCUCCCGGCCAGGCGGGCCAGCCGGGCUCCAAAGCCCCACAACGCAGUGACGGCGGCCGCCCCCCCGUUCCGCAGAUCGCCACCGCCCCUCCCCCAGUCCCUACCUGCCGCGCGCGCGCGCCAGCAACCGCCUCCCCCUCGCCGCGCCCCGGCGCCGUGCCGCCGUGAGCGCGCUUCAUACAGCUCGCCAGAGUCAAACCCCAGACACCGCCUGCGCGCGCGCGUCGAGAGCUCUGCCGCAGCAUCGUGUCGCGACGCGGCGCGGCCUCCUCCGCGCGAUUCCGCUCCGGCGAGGCGGGCCGAUUUGGCGGACCCCGCGGGAUGGGAGAUCUGGCGGGGGCCGCGAGAUGGUGAGCACCAGCCGGAGCGGCUCGGGGCGCGUCGCGCAGAGGGCCGGCGGCGGCGGCGGCACCCUACCCGUGAGCCCGCGGGUGUCGUCAUCGCAGCGCAGGUGGUGGGCGGCCUCUUCCUCAAACCCGUCCCUCGACCGGGCCGCGCGCGCCUUCUGCCUCGCCUCCGCGGCGCUCGCGCUCUCCUGCUUGCUCUACCUCUACGCGUUCCGCCACGACCCAGCGCGGGGGCAAGCCGUAACCGCCUUCUCCACCACCUCCACCUCCCCCCACCCCCACCACCGCCCCGAGACCUGCGACGUGUUCGACGGCCGCUGGGUCCCGGCCCCGACCUACCCGCUCUACAACAGCUCCGAGUGCGCCUUCGCGGAGCGCGGCUUCGACUGCCUGGCCAACGGGCGGCCCGACACCGCCUACCUCCGCUGGCGCUGGCGGCCGCGCGGCUGCGACGUGCCGCGCUUCGCGGCGCGGGCGGCGCUCGAGCGGCUGCGCGGGAGGCGGGUCGUCUUCGUCGGCGACUCCAUGAGCCGCACGCAGUGGGAGUCCUUCAUCUGCAUGCUCAUGCCCGGGGUCGACGACCCCACGAGCGUGUACGAGGUCAACGGCAACCAGAUCACCAAGGUCAUUCGCUUCCUCGGGGUCAGGUUCGACGCCUUCGACCUCACGGUUGAGUUCUUCCGCUCCGUCUUCCUCGUCCAGCAGAGCCCUCCGCCGAAGCAUUCCCCCAAGAGGGUCAAAUCCACGUUGAGGCUCGACAAGAUGGAUAACAUUAGCCGGAAAUGGGCCAAUGCCGAUGUUCUCAUCUUCAACACCGGCCACUGGUGGACUCCCACCAAAUUGUUCAACACGGGUUGCUAUUUUCAGGCUGGACGUGCUCUCAAACUAGGUACAACCAUUGAUGUUGCGUUCAGGAUGGCACUGCAAACUUGGGCUUCUUGGGUGGAAAGAAGAGUUGAUUUAAACCGAACACAUGUGUUUUUCCGCACGUAUGAGCCAUCACAUUGGAGCGAUUUAAACCAAACGAUAUGUGAAGUAACAGAAAAGCCUUCACCUGAGGCCAAAGGAAAUGACAAGAGUGAACUUGGCGAUAUACUUGCUGAUGUUGUCGCCAGCAUGAAAGUUCCCGUUAAUGUUUUAAAUGUAACUUUGAUGGGAGCCUUCAGAACUGAUGCUCAUGUUGGGGCAUGGAGUUAUCCUCCUACUAUACUUGAUUGCAGUCAUUGGUGUCUCCCUGGAGUUCCUGAUGCUUGGAAUGAACUUGUAUUUGCGUACCUUUUUACAAAUGGUUGGCGAAAUAUGGCGGGGUGACUGCUGACUCUAUACUCUAUUUUCUUUUCUUCCGCACCUACAUAUCCAUCUUGCGAUUUUGUCAGCUAUAGAGGAGCAACCGAAGCCCUGGAAAUAGCUAUCAUAGGUGGUUAACAGGAUCCUGCAUUCUUUUCUCUCUUGUACAAGGUGAUGUGUUCAUUCUGAGAUGUAGAUUUUGUAUCUUCUCUUCUUCAGAUUGUCCAUGGUAAAAAAGCAUCACACUUUGUUGCAUGCUUCUUACAAAUUCAAUUUAUACGUUGUCAAAACAUGUGUUUCUACAUGUAUGUAAUACUGACAGUUCACUUCACACGAUGUAUAAAAAUAUGUUCUUUUUCA